AAGCACAAGAAGACUAGUUAGUGUUCGUCCAUGGCAUGCCACGCAGUAUUAGCACCCCUACUGUGGCUCAGCGCGGCGCUCGCGGCGCUGAGGCUCCCCGCCGCCGCCGGGGCGGGUGGACCGCUGCCGCCGCCUAGCGAGGGGUGCCUAAGACAAUGUGGCAGCGUAGACAUCCCUUUCCCGUUCGGCCAUGGGCCUCCUCACUGCAUGCUGCCGGGCUUCCUAAUCGAGUGUCGGGACACCGGGAACGGCUCCCACAAGCCGUUCCUGGGAACUAGCAACGUCGAGGUCAUCAGCAUCUCCCUGCCGCUUGGUCAAGCCCAAGUGCUCAACUACAUUUCUUCUUACUGCUACGACGCCGCAUCUGGGAAGAUGAAGCCCAGCGAGUGGUAUUGGAACCUGACGGGAACGCCGUACACGUUGUCCGAUACCGCCAACAAGUUCACGGUCUUGGGGUGCCGGACGCUGGCGUACAUCGGCGACAGCAUGGACGACGCAGCCACGUACAUGACCGGGUGCGUGGCCAUGUGCCGGCUUCCCGACCUGACGGCCCUUAGGAACGACUCCUGCUCCGGGAUGGGCUGCUGCCAGACGGCCAUCCCGAAGGGCCUGAAGUAUUACCAAGUGUGGUUCGACCAGCGCUUGAGCACGUCGGAGAACCACAACGCCAGCCCCUGCAGCUACGCGGUGCUCAUGGAGUCGUCCAACUUCACGUUCUCGACCAGCUACCUGACCACGUCGGAGUUACAUGGUGGACAGGUGCCGGUGGUGCUUGACUGGGCCAUCGGACACGAUGACUGUGACGCGUGCGUUAGCAGCAACAGCCAGUGCUUCAGCGCAGCCGGUCGACGAGGCUACAUCUGUAACUGCACAGAAGGUUUCCAGGGUAACCCUUACCUUCCGGACGGCUGCCAAGAUAUUAAUGAGUGCGAUGAUCCUGCUACGUACUCUUGCUUCGGAAAUUGCAUUAAUACAAACGGCACAUUCAACUGUUCUUGUCCUGUGGGUACCCGAGGAAAUGCAUCUAUUGAAGACGGAUGCCAGAAAGAUCCUUUUCCCCCUCGAGCACGGCUAGCUGUUGGAAUUGUGGCCGGUCUUUUGGUUGCUCUGAUUGCUUUUCUUGCAACCGAAGUGCUCCUCCACAAACGGAGCAACAAAAGACAAGGUUACUUUGAGGAGCACGGAGGCCAGAUGCUCUCACAAAUUCUGAAAACAGAAGGCAACAUCACCUUCACCUUCUACGACAGAGGAGACAUCGUGAAGGCCACACGUAGCUUCCACAAGGCCAACAUCGUCGGGGAAGGAGCACAUGGGACCGUCUACAAGGCUAUCAUCGGCGUCGGCGACACCACCACCACUGUCGCGGUGAAGCGGUGCAAGGAGAUCGAUAAAAGCAGGACGAUGGAGUUCGUACAGGAGCUGGUCAUACUCUGCCGCGUCAGUCAUCCGAACAUCGUAAGGCUUCUCGGCUGCUGCCUGCAUUUCGAGGCGCCCAUGCUCGUGUACGAGUUCAUGCAGAACGGGACCCUGAACGAUCUGCUUCACGGGAGGCCCAGGCGCCGCGUGACGCUGGCGACCCGGCUGAGGAUCGCCGCGGAGGCCGCGGAGGCGCUCGCGCACCUGCACUCGCCGCCGCACACGACGCUUCAUGGCGACGUGAAGCCGGAAAACAUACUCCUCGGCGACGGCUUGGUCGCCAAGGUGUCCGACUUUGGCUGCUCAACUAUCGAUGACAACAUCCAGGUCGUGCCCAAGGGCACGCUGGCCUACCUUGACCCGGAGUUUCUGCAGGACUUCCAGCUUACUGACAAGAGCGAUGUCUACAGCUACGGGGUGACGCUAAUGGAGCUAUUAACUGGUAAGAAGCCACUGGCCAAAGAACAGAAGAACCUGACGAUAAUGUUUCAGGAGUCCAUGGGGAAUGGCACCCUUGGUGAGCUCCUGGACACUGACAUAGUCGAGGAAGGCGCCAUGGGGGUGAUCCAUCAAACUGCGGAGCUAGCGAGCCGAUGCACUUCUGUUCCGGGUAAAGCAAGGCCGGCCAUGGGACAGGUCGCGGAGGAGCUCCGGCGACUGUCAAACAUAAUGCCGGAACGCUCUCAGGCGCUACAGGCUCUCGAGGGCCACGGAUAUAGCUAUACUGCUACUGAGAACGAAACCACGGGAUUUCAUAGCCUUGGCAGCAAAGCCGCACUAAGCACAGAACUCGCCAGAUGAUCAGAAACGGAGAGUUUGCUUCAGCCUACCUUAAUUGUGUUAUGUCUCAAACUCGCUUAAUCUUAUCUAUGUCUUUUCUAUAUUUCUAGUUUGUGCGAUGCUCUAUUAGCGCAAUGCUAAACUUUGUAAUAAAGAACCACGCUAUAUACAUUGUAAGAUGUUUAGAUGGGAAUCGACUUUCCAUUAUCAAAAGAAAAAAAAUCUAAUU